ACCGUCUACUAAUCCGUCGAACGUAUACCGCUGAAACUUAGCUACUCUCCCUUGUUUCAUGACAAUGAAUAACACUCGUGAGAAUCUCGUUUAUCUCGCAAAACUUGCAGAGCAAGCUGAGCGUUUCGACGAAAUGGUUCCGGCCCGCGUUGAGACUCGACCAAAUUUAGAAGCUCGCGGAAUUCGCCGAUCAACGGGCCCGCGCAAUUCUUCAAAAUUCGUGGCGAAUUUGUUCUAGGCGCGCCUCGGGGUGUUUACUAGAAUUUUUUUAGGUCGAUCAUAUGAAAUCUGUCGCGAAUUACUCAGAGGAGCUGUCUGUCGAGGAGCGGAAUCUUCUUUCUGUUGCAUACAAGAAUGUCAUCGGGUCACGCCGUGCAUCGUGGCGCGUAAUUUCCUCUAUCGAGCAAAAGUCCGACUCGGAAAAAACGGCACUGAUCACUAAUUACAAGAAGAAGAUAGAGACUGAACUAGAGACCAUUUGUGAGGACAUCCUUGGAAUUAUAGAGAAAACGCUAAUCCCGAAUUCUGCCGGGGAUGAAGGUAAAGUCUUCUACUACAAGAUGAAAGGCGACUAUCACCGGUACCUGGCGGAGUUCCAGAGCGCAGACAAGCGUAAGGAGUCCUCCUCCAGCGCGCUGGAGUCAUACCAGCAAGCAUCGCAGAUUGCCAAUAAGGACCUUCCGCCCACGCACCCUAUCCGCCUUGGUCUCGCACUCAAUUUCUCUGUCUUCUAUUACGAGAUUCUCAAUUCGCCAGACCGUGCUUGCCACAUUGCUAAACAGGCCUUUGACGACGCCAUUGCCGAGCUGGAUACUCUUUCUGAAGAAUCAUACAAAGACUCUACCCUCAUAAUGCAGCUCCUUCGCGACAAUCUUACCCUCUGGACCUCCGACAACGCUGACAACAAUCACGACAACAAUGCCGAUGGUACCGCAGUCCAGGACCUUUAACUCAGCUUGAAGCGCCAAAAAUCAAACCAUAAACUAUCCCCCAAUUUGAGACCAGGGCAUGUGAUUGACCUGCGGUUGGCCCGGCAGAUGCGUGCCUCCUCUCUCUAAAGGUUGGAAGCAGGCUCGCGGGCUAAUAAUGGCGCACUAUCCUAUACCCCCUGCACCAUAUAAAGCAGGCGCAAAGCCACUGCAUGUGCCAGUAUUUGGGACUGACAGUCGAGUUCCCCUUCUUUUUCCCUAAUAAGGCUGUCGAAUCACCUAUUGUGAAUAAAUAGGUAGUACUA